CUCGUUAAUGUUCUUCCUUCCGUUUUGAGUUCUCUGUGUGACCGCUUUAAUUUCUCUCCACGGCAAGUUUUUCGAUUUCUCUGCAUACUUCGUCUCUAAUCUAUAUUAUCACUCUACCGUAACCGAUCUUCACUCACCUUCCCGUUUCUCCUCCAUUAUUUCCGUUCGCGAUUUUGCUGUUGCCGUCGUUCGUAAAAUACGCAGUGAAGCAGGAGAGUUAGGGUUUACCUAAGACGUCAAAGAUGGUUGUUCCUUGGGGUGGUCUUAGUUGCUGUUUGAGUGCUGCUGCUCUCUAUCUUCUAGGUAGAAGCAGUGGAAGGGACGCAGAUAUCCUCAGAUCUGUCACCCGAGUUAAUCAAUUGAAGGAUUUGGCACAUUUAUUGGAUACAGCUGCCAAGGUUUUACCUUUAGUUGUCACAGUAUCUGGUAGAGUUGGUUCAGAUACCCCAAUUACUUGUCAAUACAGUGGUUUGAGAGGCGUGAUAGUGGAAGAAACAGUAAGUUUCUUUUUCCUCUGGAAAUGGUACAUUACUUUGGCCUUCUUUCAUUUUGGGGGCGUGAUACAUGGAAAUUGUUUAAUUUUCCAGGCAGAGCAACACUUUCUUAAGCACAAUGAUGCAGGUUCGUGGAUUCAAGAUUCGGCACUUAUGUUAUCCAUGUGUAAGGAGGUCCCUUGGUAUCUGGAUGAUGGUACUGGUCGUGCAUUCAUUGUUGGUGUCCGAGGUGCCUCUGGGUUGGUUCUAACUGUUGGAAGUGAAGUGUUUGAAGAGUCAGGCCGGUCUCUUGUUCGUGGGACACUAGACUAUAUCCAAGGUCUUAAGAUGCUCGGAGUAAAGAGAAUUGAACGGGUUCUUCCAACUGGUACUGCCUUGACAGUUGUUGGUGAGGCUGUCAAAGAUGAUGUAGGUACAGUACGAAUUCAGCGACCUCAAAAGGGACCAUUCUAUGCAACUCAUAAAACUGUUGACCAGCUUAUUGCUAAUCUUGGUAAAUGGGCAAGGUGGUAUAGGUAUGCUUCAGUGGGAUUUACAAUAUUUGGAUUAUAUUUGCUCACAAAGCAUGCGGUUCAAUAUAUUAUGGAAAGAAGGCGUCACUGGGAGUUGAGAAAGAGGGUUUUAGAUGCUGCUGCGAAAAGAUCGGGUGAAGAUAAUACAGGACCGGAUGGGAUUAAUGAAGAUGGGUCAGAUUUCAUGAGAAAGGACAAAUUGACGCCAGAUCUCUGUGUAGUAUGCUUAGAACAUGAAUAUAAUUCUGUUUUUGUGCCGUGCGGGCACAUGUGCUGUUGUGUGUCAUGCUCUACACACUUGACGACCUGCCCACUCUGUCGGAGACGGAUUGAUCAAACAGUGAGGGCCUUCCGCCAUUGAAUUCAAUCUCCACAACCUUAUGUGAGAUCGAGGUAAUUAAGUAGGGUAUGGUAGCUGAUGAUGAGAAUUAAGAGGUACUCACCGGUGUUAUUAAUGGAGGAGGAAGAGGAGGAACUUAAGAAGAAGAUGAUAUGCAGAAGAAGAGACUUGAAAAGGUUCAUCAUUUAUUAUUAUUGUUCUUCCACUUUAUAAUUCCUUCAUUUCUCAUCUUGAUUCAUAUAUAUAUAUAUAGAGAUUCUGUGAUUUUGGAAUUCCUUGUAAAACCAAGUCAAGUCUAACUUGAAAACAUUCUCUUACCCUAGGACCUGUUUGUUUACAUGAAUUGUAUAGAUUUAACAUCUCAGUCAUCAAUUUAUAUUUUGAUUUUUCUAUGA